AUGAAAGGUGCCGGAACGUUGGCGCUCGCUUUAUCAGCAGCGGUGGUUAAUGGUAUGUCCUUCCAACAGCCAUUUGCGUUUAAUCAGAAUCAUGAAGGCAGCAGUCUGUUGGAAAAGGCUAUUGAAGCGUUAAAAAUGGACCACAAGGAAGUUUUGGGCUCCCUAUCUGCCGACAUUAAACAGAGCUGGGAAGAAAUGCCCUUUAAAUUUCCUGUGGAAGUCUCCCAAAUGCAGUUUGUCACAAAGCCAAAAGAUCCAUCGGCUAUCUUCUCUAGAAAAAACUGGGAUAUCACAGUGCAAAGUGAAGACGUUCAGAACUAUCAAUUGAGAAUCAACAAGUUGAAGGACCCUCAGGUGCUGGGGAUCGACCCAGAUGUCAAGCAAUAUACAGGUUACUUGGACGUAGAGGAUGAGGACAAGCAUUUCUUCUUCUGGAGUUUUGAGAGUAGAAACGACCCUAAGAAAGAUCCUGUGGUUCUAUGGCUGAACGGUGGUCCCGGCUGCUCAUCGUUGACUGGGCUUUUCUUCGAGUUGGGCCCCUCCUCUAUCGGUUCAGAUAUUAAACCCAUCUAUAACCCCCAGUCGUGGAACUCCAACGCCACGGUGAUCUUUCUGGAUCAACCCGUGAAUGUAGGUUUCUCUUACUCUGGAUCUGCAGGUGUGUCUGAUACUGUCGCAGCCGGUAAAGACGUGUAUGCAUUUUUGCAGUUGUUUUUCAAGCAAUUCCCAGAGUACGUCAAACACGGUCAGGAUUUCCACAUCGCUGGUGAAUCGUACGCUGGUCAUUACAUCCCGGUGUUUGCCACCGAGAUUCUGUCCCAUCCUGUCUCCAAAAGAAACUUCAAUUUGACGUCUGUGUUGAUCGGUAAUGGCUUAACCGAUCCAUUGAAUCAAUAUCCUCUGUACGAACCCAUGGCAUGCGGGGAAGGUGGUGAACCAGCAGUCUUGUCACCGGACGAGUGUCAGGCCAUGGAAGACUCAUUGGGCCGUUGUUUGAGUUUGAUUGAGGCAUGCUAUGAAUCUGAAUCGAUCUGGUCAUGUGUUCCAGCCUCCAUCUACUGUAACAAUGCCCAAAUCAACCCAUAUGCUCGCACUGGUAGGAACGUCUACGAUAUCAGAAAAGAAUGUAAAGGGACCCUAUGCUACGAGGAUCUCCAGUACAUUGAUGACUAUUUGAACUUAGACUACGUCAAGGAAGCUGUCGGUGCUGAAGUUGACAAGUACGAGUCCUGUAACUUCGACAUCAACAGAAACUUCUUGUUCGCGGGCGACUGGAUGAAACCAUACCACAAGGCUGUUACCGAACUCUUGAAUCAGAAUAUUCCUGUAUUGAUUUACGCCGGUGACAAGGACUUCAUCUGUAACUGGUUGGGUAACAGAGCUUGGACUGAUGUCCUGCCCUGGAAGUCAGCCGACGGUUUUGCUAAGCAACCUGUCCGUAAUUGGGUUGCAAAGCUAACCAAGGAGAAAGCCGGGGAGGUCAAGAGCUUCGAAAACUUGACCUUCUUGAGGAUCUUUGGCGGAGGACACAUGGUUCCUUACGACGUUCCCGAGAAUGCCCUAAGCAUGCUCAAUGAGUGGAUCCAUGGUAACUUCUCCUUAUAA